AUGCUGGCGGGGACCGAGGUGAAGAGGAAAGAAGAGUUCCGGAGGCUGGCUUUUCAGCCUUGUGUUCCUUUGGUGAGGGGCGUCCCUGUAGCCGAGCAGCUCUGCCUCCUUCUGCAUCUGCUCCCCUCAGCGCCCUUCCCUCCCCCUGCGCACAGGCUCCUCUCCCCUCGCCCCACCUCUCUCUCACCUGACAGCCUGGCCUGUCUGCACGCAAGCAUCACACUCGGUCGUUGUCGCUGUCCUGUGAGGACACGUCUCAGGUACCUGCUCCGAAUGUGUGGAAGUGACACCGUGCCAGCCAAGCCCCAGCCCUGUCUAGACGCCUGGCAGCUCGCACUUCUGUUGGUUCCUCGCCCCGAGACCACCGAGGCCACCAAGAGAAGAAGCUGCUCUAGCCGCCAGGGGAUGGGAGGAGACACGGAGGAGACGUGGAGACCCGAGGCCGCGCGGCCAGCAUCCCGCCCGGAGAGCCGCGAGGCUCGGCGGACCUUCCAGCUCAGGAGCCCCCCAGCUGACUGCAGCAGAGGGUGCCAACCCAGCAGGGACUCCCAGCAGAGUGCAGAGUCAGGAGAGAUGGGCAGUCCUCGGUGUUUUCAGCUCCUGAGUUUUGGAGUCGUUAGUUGUGUUAAAAAAGGUACUGUCCAAGGCAGCAGCCCCACUAUGACCUCUUGGGUUUCGAGGCUGCUUCCUAGGAAUGGCCGUUCCCUGGCUACAGCAUCAGAGAAGCAGCGAGCUGAGGACCGCCGUCGGCACCAGGAGGCCUACGGGUACUUCUUGCCCAUCCAGACAAGGUGGCAGGACAAUGACCAGUACGGCCACGUGAACAAUGUCGUGUACUACAGCUACUUCGACACGAUUAUCAACCAGUAUUUGAUCAGGUACUGCGGCCUGAAAACGGGCUUGCUGACGUCCCCCAUGGUGGGCUUCAUGGCGACCAAUCAGUGCACCUUCCACACACCGGUCAGCUUUCCUCAGAUCCCAGUGGCUGCAUUGGCCGUGGAGAAAGUGGGUCGCUCCAGCGUGCACUACCGCCUUGCUCUGUUCCCGCCUAAGCCCACCAAGGAGACGCCUUCCGUCGACCACUGGGACCUCAGCGAUGGAUUCUUCUUCGGCCACCCCAAGCUGGCUCACUUUGCCGCUUUGGCCUGUACUACAGGGUCUUCAGUCCAUGUCUUUGUCAAUCCAGCCACCAGCAAGCCGGUGGGCCUUCCCGAAGACUUCCGGAGGGGCCUCCUGCGGCUGAUGAGACCGGCUCCAGGGUGA